AUGGGUCCAGGCGCAGCCAGAAUAAAACAUGAAGAUACUGAGGAACAAACAGACCAAGUGAGAGUGAAAGAGCAAAGACAAGAACUGAAUGAAGAGGAGGAGGAACAUCGUAACUUUAUAAUUCAAAGAACAAAAGCCAAAAAGACGCACACAUGCACUCAGUGUGGAAAGAGAUUCACACAGAAAGGAAACCUUAACAGACACUUGAGAAUUCACACUGGAGAGAAACCGUAUAGAUGCACUCAGUGUGGAAAGAGUUUUACUCAAUCAUCAAGUCUCAGUGUUCAUCUGCUCAGUCACUCCGGAGAAAAGCCAUUUAACUGUGAUCAGUGUGGUAAAGAUUUUAUUUCAUCAUCACAUCUAAAAAUGCACCUGAAAGUUCAUUUAGAUGAGAAGCCUUAUGUGUGUUCUCUCUGUGGAAAGAGUUUUUCAAGGCUUAACGGUUUUAAACUGCACCAGAAAACACACAAUGAAGAGAGAGAUUAUGUGUGUUUUGACUGUGGGAAGAGCUUUACUACAUAUAGUCAUCUGAAACAGCACCAAAUAAUUCAUGGUGAAGAAAGACCUUACAAGUGCUCAUAUUGUGACAAGAGUUUCACUCAUUCUGGACACCUGAAAUCACACGAGCGAGUUCACACUGGAGAGAAGCCGUACUACUGUACUCAGUGUGGGAAGAGUUUCACACACUCAAGUAAUCUAGUGACUCAUAUUAGAAAGCAUUGUUCUGUGUCACAGUGAGCAAAUGUUUUGUUAGAUUCACAUAAAGUAAAUGUGUUGUUAGUUCAUUAACCCUCUGAGUUCGAGUAACGCGCCGCCGCGUUUUUUUUUUCACAUAGCUGCAAAAUAGACUUAAAAUACUCCAUCAUUAAUGGUAAUGUAAAUAAAAUCAAUACAUGAUUGUAAACUAUAGAGGGUCUUCUUUUUUUGAGUAUACUCUUAUUACCAUCAAAACCUUGUUUUUGUGCCCUUUCAGCUCACUCUGUCUCCGCAAAAAAUCUUUCUGAAACAAGUCUGUAAAAUGACCUGAAACUCAGCUAAUACUUCUCACAAACAUGAAACAUACAUCUAAAUAAUGCUUUAAAUGUCUACUUUUAAAUAAAACAAUUCACAUUUAAAACAAACAUUCUCCUGCAAUGUAAUCUGUAUGAAACUAAAGAGGAGUACAGUUUCUCCUGUCUCAGCUUAUUAUCAUUAGUGAGUUUACACCCUCUCGCAGAGCGCGCUAUUCAUAAGAUAAUGUGUUGGAGGCCAUAUUCUACAUAGGUAAACGCCCCCACGCAAAUGCGUUAAAAGCAGCAUGUUU